AUGGGCUUGGAAGAAGAGGUGAAAGCUAGAAUUUGGGAGGCUUUGGAUGAGGUGGUGAGAAGCGUGCCAAGCUCAAAGAAGAUUGUCAUAACAAGGGACAUCAAUAGGCACAUUGGGUUUUUACCAGGAGGUUAUGAUGAUGUGCAUGGAGGUUUUGGUUUCGACAAUAGAAAUGGUGAGGGUGCUGCUCUACUUGAUUUUGCGAGGGCCUUUGGGUUGGUGGUUGUGAAUUCAAGCUUUCCGAAGAAGGAGGAUCACCUGAUUGCCUUCCGAAGCUCGAUAGCCAAGACUCAGAUUGACUUUCUGCUGCUCAGGAAGGGGGAUAGGGUUUUACGUAAAAACUAUAAAGUCAUUCUGAGUGAGCAUGUUUUGACCCAGCACAGGCUUCUGGGGAUGGACUUGAUUAUCAAGAAGAGCAAGAAGAGAAGGGCCACGGAGGGUUGA